AUGCCAGCUACUCCAGACGUCAUUACCGACGCUGCCCAAUCCCAAAAGUCGGCCCGUGUCAGUGUCGACUUGUCAUCAGUCUUUCGAGAACAGGUCAAGAAGGCAGCAUCACUUGGACAGUUGAAGUCUGACAAGCUAGGUGCGAUGAAAUUCAAUGUCGCUACACUCUGCUCUGGUACCGACGCCCCUAUCCUGGCCUGUGAAGCAUUCCAGGAGGCAUGCCGUGUACUCGAACUCGGCAAUCUUAUCGAGUUCAAUCAGCUAUUCAGUUGCGAAAUCGAACCAUUCAAACAGGCGUAUAUCCGUCGCAACACAAAGACGCCUCUUCUCAUCUUCCGGGACGUUGUUGAGGUUGGAAACCUCAAAUCCACCAGAGCUAUGACAGCCGAUGGCUGCAUGGAAACAGUUCCGACGAAUGUUGAUCUCCUGGUCUUUGGAUCCUCUUGCGUUGAUUUCUCCAACCUAAACAACGCUAAGAAGAAGCAAUAUGGGGACCUCACUGCAGCCUUUGUGGCUAAAUUCACCCAGAAAGUCGUCGAUGGAGAUCCCGACCACGCUUCGCAGCCAGGCUCGGUUGAUCGAGACUUUUUCAAAAUUCUCUUGGAGCACAUGCCUGACGACACUACUACAGCUAGACCCAAGAUUGUCAUUGUUGAGAAUGUCAAGACUGCACCGUGGAACAAGUUUACCAACUUCUAUUUUCCAAAAUGCGGAUAUGCUGCAAAAGCCAUCACCCUAGACAGCAACAACUACGGCGUGCCUCAAACCCGACAGAGAGGCUGGUUGAUAGCUGUUGAUUAUGCGAUCUUCAAAGAGAAGUCGACUGACAUUCUCGAAUCGUGGGCAAAGACGAUGGUACUUCUUCAACAUCCCGAUCGCGUCAACAUCGAGCGAUUUCUCCUGUCUCCGGAGGAUCCGAGAGCCAUUCGCGCCAGAGCUGAAACUCAGGCAAAAGAUGGUGGGAAUCAAACCAGUUGGAUAAGGUCGAAAACUCGACAUGAGAAUGUACGACGGUUCUACAAGAUUCCCGAUGACGCACCAUCCUUGAACCACAUCGAGCAAGUCGGAUCCCGUGUGGCCUACAUGGAGCCUCAUCAGCGCUGUGAUAGGGCGUGGAUUCGCAGCCAGCCCGUUCGUGUAUUGGACAUGAUCGAUAUCGUCUAUGCUAUCGGUCUGACGAGAGACUGCGACAUAACCUACAAGGUAUUGGUUGUGGACCUUAGUCAGAAUGCCGAUAGAGUGCCCAGACUCAAGAUUGAUGGGAAUGAUAUCGGUGGCAUCGGGUGCAUCACUCCAGAUGGCCUACCUUUCUUGACCAACCAGCAACGGCUAAUCACUGGUUGUGAGGCGUUGCAUCUUCAAGGUAUUCCUAUCGACGAUCUGUUGCUGUCCAGUGAGACUCAGGCGCAACUGCGAGAUCUGGCUGGGAAUGCCAUGACUGCAACAGUCGCCAGUGCUUCAAUCUUGUCAAUGAUUGUUGCUCUUGACUCUCAUGCACCCCGAUCCGUCAAGCGAGUGUCCCCUGACACAUGUGAGGACGGCCUUCAGCGAAACUCAUCCGAGGGAAGCAAAGCCCCUUCACAGCCUGAAGGAGAGGUCAUCCUGUGGUCACCAAAGUCGUAUCGUGUGAUCGAUAGCUCAUUCAAAGAUGUCUUUACUUCAGGACGCCGCUACUGCUUCUGUCACGAUACAUUUGCUACGCUACCUGACAUUCGUUAUCUGAGCUCACAGGACAACAAGGAGGGCAUGACGGUGUUGGACCUCUUGAAUGCAAUGCAUUCCAGCAGCCCUAUCUGCUACCUUGAUGGCAUCACAAUUACGGAGGAUAUUACUGUUCACUAUCGUUCGCAGCACAUGCUGCUUCAAGCAGUGGUCUCGAAGCAGGGAACGGCCACGACCGUUACCUGGUACAUCCUGGUCAAUCCAGCAUCAGAUUUGGUCAAACAUCAGAAUAAGGCAUUCGAGCUUGAACAGCCAAUUGCCCGGGCUGUGUGCUUUGCAGAUCUUGAAGGACCGAAGCGCAGCGUCAUGCCAACCCUUCAUGACGAAUGGCAGGUGUGGAAGGCAAACCGGUUGACCUUCAAGAUGCACGCUACACAACAAGAGGGCGUGGACAUUCGGCUCAGGUUCACUGAGGACGCAUUCAACAAAUUGCCCGGAAAUAUUCCUGAGGUAUACCGUGAGAAGAUUUCUCAGGACUUAUUGUCGGAUCUAGGUCUCAAAUACAGCAAGAAGGCGAACUGUGGCACAGCAGAACGAGCGCUUCAUAAAGCCGAUACCACAGACAACUAUCUCUUCAAGGACUGCAGACCCUUCCGGUCCGCUGACAAAGAUCAAUUUGUGAUAGCGCGGGCUCAUCGUCAACUUGAAUCUCGUGAAUACCGGGAGGUCUCGAUGAGAUUUGACCCGAAUGUUCAGUUUCACAAGAAGUUUCCUGCUCAAGUCAAGUCUUACAUCGACGGUCAUUGGAUCCCCAUGGAUAAGAAUUCUAUCAUUCUCGAUACUAAUGACAUCUCGCAUGAAUCCGUUCACGACCUCGCGCCCGGCAAUGGUGAUCAACUGCAGGGGACACAACAAAUUUUCACAGAGGCGGAGGUUCAUGUUGGGUCAAGAGCUUCGUUCAGCAAAGGCGAGGCCACUAUAAACGACAGCGAUCGUACCAUCAUUGCUUUUCAAGCAAAGCUGCGAUAUGAUCCCAACGAUGCGAUUGCACUGCUUAAGGCCGGAUCGCGUCCUCUGGAGGAUGGGUGGUACCGUGUGCGCAAUGGCCGUAUCCCGGCCUUUGCGAAGAGCAUCAAUCUCUUCUUGCUCAAGCUCCCACGUGAAGGAUUCCCUGGCUACAUUCAGGGCCAAGCCAUCGAGUUUCGUCUCGAAGAAGCAACCAAAACUGCUAGAAUGCCGCCCCCCGUACCGAAGGUAGAGUUCGUGGAGCUCAACCCUGACAAGCAGAUCAAGGAGCGAAUCUAUUACCCAUACGAGGACCAGAAUCAGGCACGUUUGCACAUGGACGCGAUGAAGAGUCUUCCUCCGGCACUUGGCGUUACAUUCAAGGCCAAUAAGCAUCGAAGUAUUGAGACCAGAAUUACAGCCAAUCCAGAGCUUCUUAUUCAUCUGGCGCUUCAAAACCUGGCGGACAAUUCUCGGCUUGAUCGUCACAGCGACUUCAUUCGUGAAAAAGCAACUGGCUCCAUUGCUAUUGAUGCUGCGUAUUUGUCGCCCUGCAAGACUUUCCACAGCUUGAGCUCAUUCCUUAAACCGGCGUUUACAGCUGGUAAGGUCCUCUCUCUGAAUGAAGACGGUCUCAAUAUCCCGUACGCCAGGUCUAGAGAGAAUUUGAUUGCGGAACACCUUGAUAAGAUGGAGUCCUUCAAAGAUAACAAAGUCACGCUCGAUCCCGAUCAGGUGAUUGCCCUUGGCAAGAUGAUAUGCCGGGAGCGAUAUGCCGCGCCAUUCGAGGAGAGAGAGUUCUCUGAGUGUUUUUCGCAGGAUCUUGGAGUGUCAGUGAUGGCGACAGUGAGCCGCAAGAACGAUGGGAAAUAUUGGGGCAGCACUGGUGGAGUGCUCGCCCAUGACGUUGGUUAUGGAAAGACUAUUCUAUGCCUUGCGGUCUGCGACUCUCAAUGGGACCACGAUCAACUCAAGAGCAGUAUCCGGCAAUCCCGGGAUUUGACAGAGCGGAGUUAUGAUCAGGACGGCGGACGAGUAUCACAGUCUGUUGAGACUCGCAUUCAUCUGAAAGCUACUCUCAUCGUGGUUCCAGCGACCAUCAUGGACCAAUGGGCAUCUGAGAUCGAUGCUAAACUUCAAUCUUCUUCGCGUCAAUGGGCAGUUGAGUGCAUCAAGACAAUCAAUGACUUGAAGCGUAUCACAAUUCAAAAGAUGAGACAAGCAAACAUCGUGCUGGUCAGCGACAGUUUGUUCAACGAGAAAUAUGUUGAUCUGAUUGCCGGGUUUUCUGGGCAGAAGCGUUUCGGCAAGUACACGGCCAGAAGCUACGAGACCUGGAACCAACGAGCUCGCUCCUCCCUGAGGGACAUCAUCUAG